UAUUUUUUCGGAUAAAUCAGAGUUUGGAUAUUGCCAGACAAACGAAGUUUAUGAGUCAUUAAUAAUGACCAGUUGUCACCUUACCCACAAAGAGUAAAAUUGUGAAAAACUCCAUAUCACAAUUCUUUUCCCAUGUUUCUAAUGAAUUCAGGACUUCUUCAUGUUUUUGUCGUGCUGUCUCUGUCUUCAUCUGGCGACAAAGGUUUGGAGUAAAAGAACAGUAUGGCUUGGCUCUCAGGCCUAACUGGGAAAGCAGAGAACUUUUUGAAUAGCUUGGAUCAAACAGCUGCUAAAGUGCUACAUGAAAAUGAAGAAUCAGGACAUUCACCAAACUUGUCAAGAAAAUCUGUCAAAACUGAACAAACUGUACCUUUAUCAUCUGGUUGGUCCCCCUUCUUAACUCCAGAAAAGUCAGUGCCAUCUUCCCAGAGUGCAACAAAAAUAUAUGACAGUAACUUAAGUAAGCAGUCCAACGAAUUACCACAAGAUGCUAGUUUGGCAAGUACCAAGCCUAAAACAGACCCUGCAUCAACAAAAAAGAAAACUGAUAAGGACGAGGCUCUGUUUGAGUUUUUGAAUAGUCCAGAACCGACUGACAGACGAAAAAGUACACCUGCUAACAGCACACGUCAUUCCAGACAGUCUAGUGCUUCAUCCGUGGUCUCAAGUAAAGGCGGGAAAAAUGAUGCCCCUGGAUCAUCAUCUGGUAGUGGAUCAUCGAUGGUACAUGUAGAAAUGCCAGAUAUUGAAGAUAUGCUUGAGGAACAAAGUACUAACAAACAAACUCUCAGUAGUAGUGAUAGUAGAGGUAGUCCCACUGAUAUGGACAUGGCGGCUCUAGAAGAUGCCAUGCAAGAUCAGUCCCCUAGCAACAGUGUCCAUAGCAACCAAGACUUAGAAUCGAGGGAUAAUCCCAUGUCAUCAUCAUCACUGGAUCUGGAGAACAGACUGUUGAAAAAUGAGAUUGCAUCUUUGAAUCAAGAAAUGACAUCUCUGGUACAGAGAGCAAAGGAUUCAGAAUCAGAUUUAGCAAAAUUGCGAGACAAACUGAAAGAGCAGUCUCGAAAUGCAUCUAAAUCAGACCAGUCUGUGAGGGAAUUACAGAAUAGGGAACAAGAUUUGAUGGAGGCCAUUGGGGCCAAAGACACACAGCUCGGGGUGUUAAGGAUAAGGCUUGAAGAAGCAGACAGGGAGUUACAAAACAGGCAGAAAAACCUGGACAGUUUAAAGUCUGAUAAGGAAAGAAUAUUGCGGGACCACACAGAUUCUAGUGGUAUACACAGCCAGGCUCUAGACUCAUUGAGACAGAAACUGACCGAGGUUGAGGCUACCUUAGAGAGGGAACAAGAGUCUAACAAAAUGGCCAGGCAAGAGGCAGCAGAGAGACAAGCAAGAAUGGAAGAAGAACAGAGGAGUUUUACUGAAGCACUCGCAACAGCUGAGAAAAAAUACAGUGAUGAAAAAAGCAGAGUGAUAGAGUUAAAUAAUCAAGUGAAGUCAAUGAGAAGUAAUUUAGAUGCUGCAAAACAAGAACUCUCCGAGUAUAAAGAAAAAGCAACAAGAAUUCUCCAGUCGAAGGAGCGACUGAUAGCCAGUUUACGGGAGGGUUCAGGAGCCUCGGGGGAAGCAGCAGGAGUGUCAAGUCUGGAAUACGACACUGUGAAGCAGGAACGUGAUAUGUUUAAGGAGGAAAUACAACAAGCUAGAAUGACAGUAGAGAAUCUCAGGGUGGAACUUGCUGAUGUAGAGUCACAGAUGCAGCAAGAAGAUGACACAGCCAAGGACACAAUUAGAUCACUGGAGGACAAUGUAAGUGAGGAGAAACAGAGGAGGGAAGAUGCUGAACAGGAACUACUCAAACAGAAAAGGGAGUUGCAGUAUGCCAUAGAAGAACUACAUAAACAGAAGACAUCAUUCCAGAGUAGAAUGAAAGACAGAGAAACUGAAAUAGACCGACUUAGAUCUCAGUUGGCAACUAAAUCAAUGAGCUCGACCACAGAAUCAGAGCUGGAAUCUCGAGUGAGAGAGCUUACAGAGAGCCUCAUACAGAAACAGACUAUGGUAGAGGCAUUGAGCACUGAGAAAAACUCCUUAGGAUUGCAACUUGAGAGACUUGGGCAACAGUACAAAGACAUUCAGGCCUCAGCAGUGAGGACAAAUACUACUGUGAUACCUGUACAUGAUGAGGAUGAAGGUAGAAAAUUACGGCAGAGAUUGCCACAGUUUAUGAGAGAGGUGCCUACAGAUACAGAGGUGACUCGGAAGAUGAAGAGAGCUGUUAACUCCAUUGAUAAAUUCAGUAUACGCCUUGGUGUGUUUUUUAGGAGGUACCCCAUUGCAAGAGUUUUUGUUAUUGUAUAUAUGGUAUUGUUACACUUGUGGGUAAUGAUAGUAUUGCUGACAUAUCAACCGGAGAUCCACGGUGCCGACGCUGUAAAGUUACCAGAAGCUCCGUGAAGUAUAUACAGCAAACGUGAUAUUUAUUUAUGUGUACAUUGAAUACAUCUGUGUAUAUAGAUAUAUAUGUGGGACAAUGCUCUAUGGUGCACAAAUAGUUAGAAGUUCUGUAGAAACAGUUACAAAGUAAAUGGAGAAAGUGAUAUUUAUAGCUGUAUGGACAUUAAAAACUUCUCUUUGUAUAAAACAUAUACAUGGAACAAUGGGUUAUGAUGCACAUAUACUAGCAGUCCUGCAGGAGAAGGAAUAUUUGAGAAAAAUUUUCUGCACAACCAUAAAUAUUUAUUUAAAGUAUAUAAGACAGAAAACAAUAGUGGCCUUUGUACAUACAUUUGUAAAUUUACGAGAACCAUUGAUGAUUUAACUACUUAUAUGAAACCCACCCGCUUAGCUCAAUAGGGAGAGCGCAGAUCUACAGAUCGCGGGGUCGCAAGUAUGAUUCCAUGACAAUUUGAUAAAAGACAUUGUGUCUCAGAAUCAGUUGUCCUCCACCUCUGAUCCUCUGAUUCUUGUGGGGAAGUUGGAAGCUACUUGCGGACAACAGGUUUGUACUGGUACAGAAUCCAGGAACACUGGUUAGGUAAACUGCCUGCUGUUACAUAACUGAAAUACUGUUGAAAAAUGGCGUUUAACCAAAAUUAUACAAACAAACUUAUAUGACAAUUGUUAAGUUAGUCUUCAAUAAAAAUAUUGUGCAAUUUUAAAAAGAUGCAAAUAUUCUUUGUGUAGAAAAUUUCUACAGAAAUAUGUGAAAGCUAUUUGAGAAGAUAGAAAAUGUCCCAAACAUUCAUGAUCUAAAAUAUAAAGUAUUAUUCUUAUGGACAGUAUGUUACAAUAACAGGAGGGAUGUUUGAUUUCCAGACUGUGGUAAUAGGUAAUAAAAUAAAAUAUAUUUAGCAGCAGAAAUAUUGUCCAGAACUAGAAAUAAUUACAUAAAAACGUCCUCCACAGAGUUAACAAUUUUGUAGGAACCAUUAAAUGUUAAAACCAAAACAUAAAAAAACUUUAAUACAGUAUUUGUUUUCAGGUUGUUAAAACCAACUUGCUGAAACUUUUUUAUUAUGAAUUUAGUGUAAUUGUUCGUCUGUCUGUAUGAAGUUCUGAACAUGUAUCUUUCUUUCAAUGACAAGGCUUAGUUGGAAAAUAUUGUUUAAAGUAGAGAUACAAUAGUUUUCUGAAGAGCCUUUAAUGUAUAUACUAGUACUAUAUAUGUAAUAGUUGUCAAUGGGUCCAAGAUCUUCAUAAUCAUCAUAAUUAUACAUGUAGUAGAUUUGUCGAGAUUAAAUUAUUUGGUAGAAUUAUUGUAUACAGUAUAAUACAGAUCAUGCAAAGUCACAAGCUGAUUAGCAAAAUGCUUGAAUUGUUGACAGCUUAAUUUGAUUUAUGCUUAUCUAUUUUAGCUUGAUUGUGAUGAAAGCUUCAAGCUGAUUUUAACUUCUCUUGACUCGGCUUCUUAAUAAAACAGUAUUGGUGUCACAAGAACACAACACACAAGCCCCUAGUUGAGUGGCCAACACAAUAACCACUAGACCAUCAUUCCCCUCCUGUAACCGAUGGUUUCAAGCAAUGCAAACAUACAAGCAAUGCAAACAUACAAGCAACAUACAUACAAGUGUUUUACUGUAUUUUAAUUAAAUUAUAAAAUGGAAAUAUUAAUGAUCUGAAGCUUUAUAUGUUAACAAGACCUUGGAUAGCAUCUUGAUGUCAGGAAGUGUAUUUCUGUUUCAAUCAAUCAAAGUACAUUGUAUGCUAAUUAACAUUAAAAAUAAUAUUAAUUAUAUAUGUAUAUGAUUUUAUAUCAUUUAUUUCUGUCAUAUAAGCUGGGUAUCAGCAUUACAUUAUAAGAAGCCACACAGUCUACUCCCAAUUAUAUGAUCAGUUUUCCAUACAUAUUUAAUUUUGUUGCAUCGGAUGCAUGAAAAUUGAUUUGAAUAGCUUGAAGUAGAUAUUGGUGAUAAUUUUUACCAGCCAGCCGCUUAGCAAGAGCUCAGAUCUAUGGAUCGUGAGUUUGAUCCACGAGUGAGGUUUAUCUUUUCCUUGACAAUUUGAUGAAAGGCAUUGUGUCUGAAAUCGGUACUCCCCCCUCUGAUUUAUGUUGAGAAGUUGGCAGUUACUUGCAGAGAACAUGUUAGUAAUGGUACAAAACACAGAAAUGCUUGUUAGAUAAACUGCCCGCUAUUACAUAACUGAAAGACUGAUGGAAAAAUGGCCCUAAACCCCAAGACAAACAGUAUUGCAGGAAACCACGGUCAAACGAAAAGAGAUAAAGGAGUUGUGUAUGUGUAUAGUUUAAUACUAACUUACUUAAUUUGCUAAUGAUGAAAGCUUUAAGCAAGUCUCAAGACUGUUUCUUGGAUAAAACCAGAGGUGGUAAUAGAGGAAGAGGUGUGUGGGGCUGACCACUGUUUUGCUCAAACUCACAAUUUCCUGGCUGAGCAUCCAAUGACUCUCAUUUUCUUUGAUCUAAAAAUACUUAUUAGCCUGAAAAAUUAGAUUUUUUAUUGAAUAUAUUACAAAGAUGAGUUCAGUAAUGAAAAAAAAGUACUUGUAAUAAGCCAUUUCUUUCAGAUUUCAGUUUUUGUAUAUCUGUUUUAUAUAUAUGUCUGAUUCUUAUUAUCCCCCGCCGAUGGGGGUAUUGAAAUGGCGUUGUCCGUGCGUGUAUGCGUUACGUGCAUCCAUCCACCUGCGGCCAUUUCUCAAUAACUAGCAGGUAGAAUUUUAUGAAACUUGAAAUAAACAUGAACCAACAUACUGCGAUGAUGCCCGUCAAGUUUUUUUUUUUUUGAUUGGUCAAUUUCCCUUAGAGUUAUUGUCCUUGAUUUAAUGAAAAAUGUCCGUCCGCAGCCAUUUCUCAGUAACUAUCAGGUAGAAUUUCAUAAAACUUAAAAUAAACAUGCACCAACAUACUGCAAUGAUGCCCGUCAAGUUUUUUUUUUUUAUUGGUCAAUUUCCUUAGAGUUAUUGCCCUUGAUUUAAUGAAAAAUCCAUGUCUGCAGCCAUUUCUCAGUAACAAGCUGGUAGAAUUUCAUGAAAUAAAUAUGAACCAACAUACUUCGAUGAUGCCUGUCAUUUUUUUUAAUUGGUCAGUUUUCAUUAGAGUUAUUGCCCUUUAAAUGUUUAAAAAUCUACAGAUUUGUACAUAACAAAGCAACCAGUUGGUAGAAUUUCAUUAAACUUCUUUCAUUUUUUUCUAUGAAUAUUUAUUAGAAACAUGUGAAGUUAUGUACCCACACCUGGUCACCACCUUGCCUUGGUCACACCCCCUCCCCCCCCCCCCCCCCCUCCCUCCAAAAAAAAAAAAAAUCAUCCUUUUUUAGUAUUUUUUUUCAAACCUUCCAUGAAUAUUUAUCAACAUGCAAAGUUGUACCGUUCCCCCAGCUUACUCCUGCACCCAGUCUUGCCCAUCACCCUGCCCCCCACUCACAACCCCACCACCCAUAUGUUUUUUUGUUUUUUUUCAUUUUUAAUUUUCCGUCAAUAUUUAUAAUCAACAUGUGAUAUUUUGUACGCCCCCCACCCCCACACACAACCUAACAAUAGCAUUCAUUUUCUGUUAAAUUGAUUUUGACUAAUGAAAUUGUUUGCUUCUUAGUAACAUACUUAACUUUUUGCCGGAUAUAUUUUUUGCCAUUCCUCACCACAAACCCUUUUGGCGGGGGAUACCAAUUUAUCGAAUUUGCUUGUUUAUAAUAUAUUAAUUCUUCAUUUAUUCUGAGAGAUCCCAUUUAAUUUUUGUCUGUGAUAAGACAUUAACAUUUAUUUGUAAAUAUUUGUAAAUAGAAAAAUUGAUUAUUUGCUGUAAGUGUAAUGAAUAAAUCAUGCAAUUAGUUAUUCGCAUCUUGAAAGUGUACUGCAUUUUGCAUUGUGUUUUUGAAAAGCUUAUUGCUUGAUUGACUAACAUAAUAUCAUUGUUUACUUAUUCUAAGUAACCCUUAUCAUGCUGGACAUGACUGAUUCUGCCUUUGCGACCAGUGUAGAUCAUGAUCAGCACUGUUCGCCAUUCAGUCACUCACCCAUGGUACUGUCCAAAUUGACAAGUUCAUUAUAGAAAUUAUGCAGGGUAAGGGUUAUAAGGGUCUGCAUCUUCAGUUGUUCUAGAGUGAAUUAACAUGUUCUCUUUUUUUCAUUUCCUGACUUUAAAGUAAAAUUGAAAGUAAAAAUUCAGCUGAAAUAGAUGUGUGUGUAAAUGGGUGGAGGAAAUAAUAGUUUUUAACCCAAUAUACCAAACUCUUCCUUCCUGUUACCAGUACGAAAUAAUAACUUUCUAAAUAUGACUUGACUGGGGCAGUCUUUUUAAGAAAAGUCAAACUGAUGCAGGAGUUACUUCCCUUCAACUUCAGAAAUCUCUACCUGUAGGUAAGGGAGAUCACUGCAUAGAAGAUUGAAGAAAAUAACCAUUAUUUUAUUAGUCUGAUUUCUUUAUUUCUAAAGCAUCAACUUCAGAUAUUUAUGCAGCAUUAUCGUUAAUUAAACACAUUUAAAUGCACAAUAACCGAAAAUUGCUUUUACCAAAGAGUAUUCACCAAAAACGCACUAUGUGCAGUAAGAUGCGCAUAAGGCCACUUUAAGUAUAACAGAUGUUGAUUUUUGGAUAAAGGACAUUAAACAGUCUUCACAUAUGAUUAUCCCUACAUUAUAUACAUUGACCAUUGAUAAAAGGUUAUGACUGUUAACUACUUGGAUCUAUUAUUAAACACCUGAUAGAGAUUUUCCAGAGACAUUAUUUUUCAGUUUCAUUUUCUUUAACCUUUAGCCUGCUAAAUUUCUAAAACGGACUGGUCUAUCACUGAGUUUCGGUAGUACCAUUUAUUAUUCGAAGGGCUGAUCUUAGUCUGCACUGGUUGCAAAGGCAGAAUCACUUGCCGCCAGCAGGCUAAAGGCUACAGAAUUAAAUUACCAGCCAAGCAUAGGCUAAGUUUCCAUGCACUGUGCUGAAGAAAAAUGAAUGUUUUCUUUGUUUUCUUGUCAUUUUAUCAACUGACUACAUUCAAUGAGCAACUUGGCUCAUGGGGUUAUUUUAACCGGAAAAAUUUUAAGAAAUCGUUCCAUUUUUCUUGGCACACAAAACAGAAACAACAACAUGAAUUAUAACGUAUAAACUGUUAAUAAGACUUGAAAUGUGCCCCACCUAAUUUUUGAUCCACACAAUCAGAACUUUAACAUUCAGUCUAUGCAUAGACUUUUCCAGUUCCAGGAAGUACUUUUGGUGAAUGCAAUUCUGGCCAUUUAAGUGAAAUGUGCUUUAAAUGAAAAUAACUUGUGUACAUAUUGUUAUCAUGUCUAUAAUGCUUGUUAAAGAUAAACCUGGUUUAUUUAAUAUAUAAAUAAAAAGGGAGAUAAAAUUU